AUCUCGCCCAUCAUGUCUGCCGAGAUCCCCGCUGCCGGCUCCGACGACGUCUACCAGGGCGCCAUCGGCAUUGACCUUGGUACCACCUACUCCUGCGUCGGCUGGUGGGUCAACGAGCGCGUUGAGAUCAUCGCCAACGACCAGGGCAACCGAACCACGCCCUCGUACGUCGCUUUCACUGAGAGCGAGCGUCUGAUCGGCGAUGCUGCCAAGAACCAGGCCGCCAUGAACCCGCGCCAGACUGUCUUCGACGCCAAGCGCCUCAUCGGCCGUCGCUUUGACGACCCCGACGUGAAGAAGGACAUGUCCCACUGGCCCUUCACGGUCAUCGACAAGGACGGCUCGCCGUUCAUCCAGGUCGAGUACAUGGGCGAGCAGAAGCAGUUCUCCCCGCAGGAGAUCUCCUCGAUGGUCCUCACCAAGAUGAAGGAGAUCGCCGAGGCCAAGAUCGGCAAGGAGGUCAAGAAGGCCGUCGUCACGGUCCCGGCCUACUUCAACGACUCGCAGCGUCUCGCCACGAAGGACGCCGGUGCCAUCGCUGGCCUCGACGUGCUCCGCAUCAUCAACGAGCCCACCGCUGCCGCCAUCGCCUACGGUCUCGACUCCAAGUCGUCGACGGAGAAGAACGUCCUCAUCUUCGACCUCGGAGGAGGCACCUUCGAUGUCUCGCUCCUCAACAUCACCGGCGGUGUGUUCGCCGUCAAGGCGACGGCCGGUGACACGCACCUGGGUGGCGAGGACUUUGACAACUCGCUGCUCGACCACUUUAAGAAGGAGUUCGAGCGCAAGAACAAGGUCGACAUCUCCGACGACGCCCGUGCCACGCGCCGCCUGCGGAGCGCCUGCGAGCGUGCCAAGCGCACCCUGUCCAGCGUGACGCAGACGACCGUCGAGGUCGACUCGCUCUUCAACGGCAUCGACUUCCAGGCCAACAUCACGCGCGCCCGCUUCGAGGAGAUCAACGCUGCCGCGUUCAAGGGCACGAUCGACCCGGUGGCCAAGGUGCUCAAGGACGCCAAGAUGGCGGCCGACAAGGUCGACGACAUUGUGCUGGUCGGCGGCUCCACGCGUAUCCCCAAGAUCCAGUCGCUCGUGUCGGAGUUCUUCGGCGGACGCCAGCUCAACAAGAGCAUCAACCCCGACGAGGCUGUCGCCUACGGCGCCGCGGUCCAGGCCGCCGUGCUGACGAACCAGACGAGCGACAAGACGGCCGACCUGCUGCUGCUCGACGUCGCCCCGCUCUCGCUCGGUGUGGCCAUGCAGGGCGACGUGUUCGGCGUCGUCGUGCCGCGCAACACGCCCAUCCCGACGAACAAGACGCGCACGUUCUGCACCGUCGAGGACAACCAGACGACGGUGACGUUCCCCGUGUACGAGGGCGAGCGCACGCAGUGCAAGGAGAACCGCCUGCUCGGCGAGUUCGAGCUGACGGGUGUGCCGCCGAUGCCCAAGGGCCAGGCCGAGCUCAUCUGCACGUUCGAGGUCGACGCCAACGGCCUGCUCAAGGUCACCGCCGAGGAGCGCACCGCCGGCCGCAAGGCCAACAUCACCAUCACCAACUCCGUCGGCCGCCUCUCGUCCAACGAGAUCGAGCAGAUGAUCAAGGACUCCGAGUCGUUCAAGCAGUCCGACAAGGAGUUCGCCGCGCGCCACGACGCCAAGAACGAGCUCGAGGCCUACGUCCACAGCGUCGAGGGCACCAUCUCCAGCCCCGCCGCCACCUUCAAGCGCGCCCAGAAGGUCGCCGUCGAGCAGGAGCUCGCCAAGGCGCUCGAGCUGCUCGAGCUCGAGGACGCCUCGGCUGACGACUACCGCCGUUCGUCGCUCCGUCUGCGCCGAAGUGUCCAGAAGGCACUCGCCCAGGGCGGUCGUUGAGCUGAAUGUGUUCCGGCAUACUUUUCCGUGCUUUUCAGCCAUCUAAAAUGCAUCACUGAUCGACCAGCAACGAGGGGGACAGGAGGGGGGUGGAUGUGCAGGCGCGUCGCGCCGCGCUGCUGCCAGCUCACGUGACCGCGCCUGCCGCGGCUGAAUCGCUCCCACGCUAUAGACGCCGCGCCUCCGCACUGCCUGCCUCUGCCUCUACUCGCGUCUCCAUCCUCCUGCCCUCUCGGCCUUGUCUGCAGCGGUUCAUCGCACCGCUUCAUUCCAUUCGAGCAUUGGCCGUC